AUGGAAAUAAUGGCAGAAGCAAAUCUCAGCUUUGUGGAAGAACUUAUUCUUUUGGGUUUCUCUGACUUACCUCAUCUCCAAGGUAUUCUCUUUGGUAUUUUCUUAUACAUUUACAUAAAUAUCCUGAUAGGAAAUGGUCUCAUUAUUGUAAUUACAAAAUCUGAUGCAACACUCCAAACCCCCAUGUACUUUUUUCUAGGCAAUUUUGCCUUUUUGGAAAUCUGCUACACAUCAGUCACUAUUCCCAGAAUGCUUUCAGAUCUUUGGACUCAAAACACAAAUAUUUCUUUGCUGGCUUGUGCAGUUCAACUUUGCUUCUUUCUUAUUCUGGCAGCAUCUGAGUGUCUUCUCCUAACUAUGAUGGCAUAUGACCGAUAUGUGGCCAUUUGUAAGCCAUUAUAUUAUACACUUAUUAUGAAUCACAAAAUAUGUGUCCAACUAGUACUUGCCUCCUGGAUCUCUGGGGUUCCCAUAAUGAUUGGCCAGACAUAUCAAGUUUUCUCUUUACCUUUUUGUGAUUCUAAUAUACUUGAUCACAUUUUCUGUGACCUGCCACCAUUAAUGAAGUUAGCCUGUGAAGACACAUUUUGGAAUGAAGUUACAUUCUACACAAUAAUUGUCUUAUUUGCUUUUAUUCCCUUUUUGCUGAUAUUUUACUCCUAUAUCAGGAUCUUCAUUACCAUCCAAAAGCUUCCUUCAAUAAUAGGAAGAUCCAAAGCCUUUUCUACUUGCUCCUCCCACCUUAUGGUUGUGACGUUGUUUUACGGAUCCGGUAUUAUUUCAUAUUUACAAUCCAAGACCAGUUAUAAAAAAGGAAUAGAAAAAAUUAUUUCUCUUUUCUAUAUCUUUAUAACUCCUUUAUUCAAUCCCCUGAUUUACAGCUUUAGGAACCGGGAUGUCAUUGUGGCAAUGAAAAAAGUAUUUUCUAAAUGA